UCCUGUUUUACAUGUAUUUGUCAGCAGUCCUUUAUAUCAGCCUCAGUAAUUGGGAUGUCACAUGUGAUGGAGAAUAUAUAUUUGUACUGUAAUAUUGAUACUUUAGGAACUUGUACAGUUCUAAGAGUUGAAAAUGGUGAAGGUCCAGUUGUUUCAGAUCAACUUCAGUAAUCCCAGCAAGGUGUUCCUGGCUGGACAAGUAGUCAGUGGUCAAGUGGUGCUACAGUUAAGGGAACCUACAAAACUCAAUGCAAUAAAACUCCAUUUGCAAGGCAAAGGCAAGGUCCACUGGAGAGUGACCAAAGGUUCUGGAAACAACAGGCGGACUGUCCACUACAGAGCAGAAGAGGUAUACUUUGACCAGAUAGUCUUACUGUAUGGAAACAACCAAGCCCAGGCAGUUACCCACCCAGGAGGGCGCCAUGAGUACCCCUUUCACUUCCAGAUGAGAGCCAAUCUGCCAUCUUCUUUCGAGGGAGAGCAUGGCUAUGUGCGGUAUUUUUGUAAAGCCUUCAUGGAUAGACCGUGGAAAUACAACCACGAGUCCAAGCAUGCAUUUACAGUGAUCAACACUCUGGAUUUAAAUAAUGAACCUGCCUUGAUGAAUCCCAUUCAGGGUAGUCAGUCAUCAGAAGUGAGCUGUUUGUGUUGUGCUUCGGGAAAUGUAUCAGCGAGCAUGAAAGUUGAAAGGCAGGGUUAUGCACCUGGAGAAGAGAUCAGAAUCUGGGGCGAAGUGAGAAACAAUAGUAAUUCAAGUGUACAAAGAGUUGAGGCUACGCUGACCCAGCAUGUGACAUUCUACGGUAAGUCAGAUUCCAUGUUUUCCUCUGGGCGGUUUAAAGAAAAGGAGGUGAAGCAAGUCGUGGCAUCACAUACAAAAGGACUGAUCCCUGAACAGAAUGUACAGGUAUGGGAUGGUGUCUGCAUGAGAAUUCCAUCUGUGCCUCCAUCGAGACUUCAGGGCUGCAAUAUCAUCAACAUCACAUACCGGAUCUGUGUAAGGGUUGAUGUGCCGUAUGGCACUGACAUCAAAAUUGGGUCAGAGAUUGUGGUUGGAACUGUUCCAUUCCGUGCUCCCCCACCACCAGCAUCAACAUUGCCUCCUAGCUACACCCUGGCUCUCAAUGCUCCACAGCCAGUUCCAAGUGCUCCUCCCAUUACAACACAGCCAGGGGCCAUAGCAAGUGCUCCGCCAUUCUCAGGGUAUGAUGAAGCUCCUCCACCAUCUUACGAAGAGUGCGUGUUUGGCCGUGUCCAUAUAAAAGAUGACCAAGACACUGACCACACCACUGGGCAGUUUGAGUUUGCCCCAGUGUACCCCACUUUCCGUAGUGUGUAUAAUAACGGCGCAUCUACCUCUGCACAACCUUAUGAACCACCCCCUGCGCCUCCCUCUGCGCCACCUGAAGCCCCCUCUGCACCACCACCACCUGAUGAUAAUUGCAUCUGAGCAGGUUUGAGGAAAAAAAUCAGUUUAGAAGCAGACGGACAAGAUUGAAUCAUUGAUAUGGAAUUUUCUCAAUGUUAUUAUCAUGUGAGACCAAACACCAAAUGAAAGUUAUGUGUCUGUCAGUUGCAUAUAACAGUAAUCAGCAUCUGAAUUUAGCCAUAAUAAUAUUUGAUCAUGUGUAAUGAUGAUAUGGCAACUGCAUUGUAGCUGAAGGAUAGUAUGUUUAUUCUGAAGUUUAUUUAUUAUCAUCAUAUAGGCAGUGCAAGUGUACCUGAACAUUGUAUACUUGUAGAUUGAUGAUAAUUGGCUUAUG